AUGCCCGUCUUUUAAAUCAGGUAGGGCCAAUGCCGCGAAUCUCGCCAUGGCUCUUCUGCAAGGCCAAUCGCCAAUCUCCCAAUGUCGCUGCAUUGCUUCCAGCAUACCGGAGACUGAAGCAUACACCUAUCACCUUGCCGACUUAAUCAAGUCUGAGAGCUUGAAGAUUGAUGGCCCGAAACGCGACUUGGGAAUUGUCGACUUCUGCACGGGGACAGGAUGUAUACCGCUGCUUCUGUAUGCGUUACUUUAUCGGAAGUUUGAUCACUUAGAGGUCCUUGGAGUGGAUAUAUCUACUCAAGCCACAAAGCUAGCUAGGAGCAAUAUCGACCACAAUAUCAUGCUUGGCCAUCUCCCAGACCGUCAGCUGAAUCACGACCUUGGCAUCAUGCAGGAGGAUAUCUUCCAGAAUGAAAUCAUAGAGAAGCUAGAGGGACGUAGGUGGGAUGUGAUGGUGUCUAACCCUCCCUAUAUCUCCCGGCGAGCGUGGAAUUAUGGCGGUGGCCAGGUUGGAUACUCUGUUCGCAAAUACGAACCGUCUCUAGCUCUGGUUCCAGGCGACGAUGUUCCGGUUCCUGUAGAUUGGAACCACGAGGACGUCUUUUACGCGAGGCUUUUGGAGAUUGCAUGCCACCUCAGGCCGAGAGCCAUACUGUUAGAGAUUGGUGACAAAGAGCAGGCUCGUCGCGUCAUAUCCCGAUUUCUUCAACACAAUCUGUCAAUCAACUCUGAGGUACAAGUCUGGAGAGACUGGCCCGAUUUAGCUCCAGCGGGGGACAAGGACUGUUUACUGGAAGUCCCAGUGCAAGAUGGAUCCAGCCGAGCAAUCCCGAUACAAGGCGAUGGUAACAUACGAUCCAUUUUCAUCAGGCUAGAUGCAUAGAUAUCAGACGUUUUCUUCUAGUGGAGAGAUAGAUGUACA